CUCUUUCCAAUGGACACGUUCUCAGAGGUGGGUGUGUCGACAUAAGCAGCUCCCCAUUCCCACUAUCGAUCAUAGCAACUCGACUCCAGGACACCAACCGGACAUUUGAUGACAUAUACUCACAAAUUUAUCGGCCGGAGAAAAAUACAGCACUUAACAAAAUUAAAAGUCUUCAAGCAGCUUAGCUUAUACAUCACGGCAAGAGCCGAAUAUCCAUGCACUCCAGACUGAGGUAGAAAUGACGAGAAUACCCACCAUGUGUACACCGCUUGAUACCGAUCUACUGUUGACUCUACUUUCACGAAACAAAGCGCUAGAAGCAACAAUACCGAAAUGUGCAGGAUGCGAAAAAGUGAUCGUCGAUCGAUUCGUCUUGAAGGUGUUGGAUCGAUCGUGGCAUGCCAAAUGCCUCAAGUGUGCCGAAUGCCAAGAGAAACUUGUAGACAAGUGUUUCGUCAGGAACGGCGAAGUUUUCUGUAAAGAUGACUUUUUCAGGCGCUUUGGGACUAAAUGCGCCGGUUGCGAUCAAGGUAUACCUCCAACUCAAGUAGUUCGAAGGGCUCAGGAUAAUGUCUAUCAUCUUCAUUGUUUCUCUUGUAUCCUAUGUAAAAGGCAGUUAAACACCGGAGACGAAUUCUAUUUAAUGGAGGAUAAUAAACUAGUGUGUAAAGCUGAUUAUGAAGCUGUAAAAGCACGCGAGGGGACAUCAAAACGACCAAGAACCACAAUUACUGCUCGACAAUUGGAGAAAUUAAAGAGCGCUUACACCACUAGUCCCAAACCCGCUCGUCACGUUCGAGAACAAUUGAGUCAGGAUACAGGACUCGAUAUGAGAGUGGUUCAAGUCUGGUUCCAGAAUAGAAGAGCCAAAGAGAAACGUCUGAAAAAGGACACGGGGAAAUCUAGAUGGAACGAAUACUUCCGUCACGGUAAUGCCAAACAAUCUUCGGGAAAUUCGACAUCUACAAGAGCUACCCCGACUCCCGAAACUAGGAGAGAAGAGAUCGACGAUCAAGAAGAAGACAGUCAGCAAGACGAUUCCUUAUUUAUAGACGACAUGAGGACUUCGGAUUCGUACGCCAGCUCCUUAAACGGUUCAGUGGCAGGAGACGAACCCACAACCCCUCUUGGACCCACUCCGCCUCUGGUUUACAUGAAUUCGCAAUUUCCAGGACCGGCUACACCCCCUUACAUGGUGGGGAAUCAAAGUCCCGGAGUUGUACCCUUUCCAGUUCCUCCAUACUACGGAAACGGAGGCCAGGCGAGAAAUGCAGGUGGUGAAGUAGCAACACGGGGUUGCUUCGGUUACUCGGAGUUCCCUCCUAGUCCCGCUUCGUGGUUGGAUGACGUAGAAGGAGGCUCGACCUCCAUCCCUACCACACUUCACACGACCGUAACACCGUAUUGACAUCUGGUACACCAUCUCCAUCUAGUCUCGUUUUAUUUCGUUUCAUAUCAGUUCCUGAAGUGUGUCCUAAAGAGUCUUGUCGGAUAGGACCCGUCGACAUUUGUGGCAGCAGAAAAAUAAAUAAAACGAACAGUGUUUUAACUGUAUUUGGUCCUAUUUUAAAGUUGUAACUUGAGAAUAAAAGAGCCGUUUUUUGUUCUCGCCAGAAAAUUUAUACAAGCACAAUAAAUAAGUAAAUAAAUAAUUAAUUGUAUGUCAAUUUUUGUAGUAAUAAUUUCAGUAAGGCCUUUACAACGUGUUUGGUCUUGUUAAUUUCGGAUCGUUGCGUGUCAUACAAAUACAAUUGUAGUGUUAUAAAUGUUGUAACACGCAGAGAACACGGCGUUGUUCUUUAUUUUUAAUUUUCUACUGUUUUAAGUCGUACAGAAUGUUAACGAACGUGUUCACACGAAGUAAACAGAUUUUUUAACACUGAAAUUAUAUCAAUCUUUCUCCUAUUAUGGUAUAGACCUAAUUAUUAUUUACAUUUGAUUUCGGAGGAUUAUACAUAAUUAAACGUUUUAAAUUGUUAAUUAUUUUUUAAUUAAAAUAAGAUUUUUCUCGUAUACUAUUUUAUUAUAGAGAAGUAACGAGAUCUCGUAGGAAAUAAUUGUAAAAAAGAAGCAUUUAUCAUUUAAAAAUUAAAAUAAUAAUUACCGAUUAUUUAAAUAUUGCAACCAAAAUACGUUUCUGUAGCCAAGUACUGUAUUUCUAAGAGUCUAUUCUACUUCUUAAGAAGAAAAAAAAAGAGUAAUAUUACCAACUUCUGUGAUAUGGUAUACAAUAAUGGAUAAAUUAAAUGGGAAAUCAUCAAAAUAAUUAUUGUAAUCAUUAACUUUAGGAGAAUUGUCUGAACUGAUUAAAUCAUACAGCUCUCGGGAAAAAUGAUUAUGAUAAUGGUUUCGUCACGUUCUCUCGCGUUACGCAUUUGCAUGCAGGCUAAUUUUAAUAAGCGGAAUGAUCUUACUGCAACUUUAGUAUAAAAAGAGAAAUUAAUAGGCAC